AUGAUGUUUGCUGUUCUUCAUGUCAGCGCCGGGCCUUGCAAACCUUCUUCUUCUACCGUCGACACAACGACCACUGUUCAAACCCCCACGACUGAGACCUCGUCUGCCACAGUCAGUGAGUCGUUCACCGAAUCCCUCACUAGUCUUGGCUCGAACCAGACUACGGAUAUCAACUCGCUCUCUACCUCAGCCGAGACUUCAACUGCCCUCGGUACUUCCACGACAUUGCUCUUCAUGACAACUGAAGAACCAACUUCAUCAGUCGCUGUCUCUGCCACUACUUCGGCGGCGGCUGCUGCUGUCGAAUGCAGCACUAACGCCGACUGUGAUGGAGCGGCUCCCUUCUGUGAUGCAGGAACAUGCGUUGCUACAGACCCCAACGCUGAGUGUUCUACCAACGCAGAUUGCAAUGCCCUUCAUGGAGGCGACGCUCCUUUCUGUCCUGCUGCAGGCAACUGUGUCGGGUGCCGUGGUGAUGGGGACUGCUACGGUGAAACACCCUACUGUGACAACGAUUUCUGCACUGAUUAUGUUGGCCUUGGUGGGAGGAGACUCUAA